UAGCUUUAAGAAGAGACUGGACAAAUAUAUGAGUGGGAGGGGCUGGGUUUGAUUGGUGUCAUGGGGUACGGGAGCUAUUUCUUGGGUAGCUUUAGGUAGAUGUCGUUUUGAUAAGGACCUGCCUCGUAUGGGCCAGUAGGCCUUCUGCAGUGUGAUUGUUGUUGUGAGAACGGUCCACUUCUGCAGUGUUCCUACAUUCUUAAGAAGAUACUGGACAAAUAUAUGAGUGGGAGGGGCUGGGUUUGAUUGGUGUCAUUGGGUACGGGAGUUAUUUCUAGGGAAGCUUUAGGUAGUAGUCGUUUUGAUAAGGACCUGCCUCGCAUGGGCCAGUAGGCCUUCUGCAGUGUUCCUCCAUUUUCAUGUUCUUAUGUUCUUACGUUCUAAAUUUAUCUAACUCAGAGGAGACGUCCUUAACACCUCAGGUUUAAAGUUUAUGAGUAUGGAUUGAAGGUUUGUGUAACUUUGAUAAUCGAUUAGAUGUGUAAAUAAUUAAGAAGGGCUGGGUAUGAGAAGGACCUACCAAACAUGGAGUAUCAAUUUGUAUCUCAAAGGACUAGAGUAACCUCUUCUUCCUUCAGUCAAAGGCACGUCAACGGGUUCAGUGGUGAGGUGUACAAGAGGGCACAUAAAGAGGCCUUGGCGACGUCAGACCAUCAGUCACCAAGAGCCAUAUCUUACAGGAUGACGGGCAUGUGUGCAUAUGUGCUACUCCUGUCGGUGGUGUUGCUCGUCUCCUGCAGACCUGAGCUCCCUCCACCUUUCCUUCAGGAGCCUGAAGCAUCCAACAUUUCUAACUCAUCUGCUACUACAUACAUUGAGACUACCAAGGAGGAAAAAAGUAACUCAUCGUUUACGUCAUCGACAUCUGUGAAAGAGAGUACCACUUUUAUUCACAUACCGUCCACACAAGAGGAAAAGAAGAACGCUUAUUUUAUUUACAGCAGAUCAUCAGAACUAAUGAAAACGUCAGUAAUGAGGAUAAGAUUAGCAGUACCAAUAGUAUUGUCACUUUUUAUGGCAGUAUUAUUGAUAGUAGUUAUAAUGUCAAUAAUAUCAAUUAUAAGACACAUUGGGUAUCAUGCCAUAUGAUAUUGACAAGCUUCCGUAAAACAUUGUUCAGUAGAGAUUUCUGUAUGGUUUAUAUUUGAAUAAAUA